AUGGCACUGUGCGGCUCCAGGUGCAAGCGGGAGCAAUGCACACACCUGGCGGCACAGCCAGCCCUUCUUCGGCCGCCGCUCCGUCCUUCCCAUUCCUCCUGUCCGCGGGCGCGCAGGAAGGCGAUCGGGAGCGGGCUGGGAGAAGUUGGAACCUACGCGCUUCUCCUCGCUCCCGGCCAUCCCCCGCGAUCUCCGAGCCCUCCUAACAAUGGUAGCAGUGUUCCAGCGGGCAGCUCUGCCCUGAAAUCGGACCGAAUCCCCCUGCGCUCCGACCGGCGGUCCCGCCGCCCGUCCGCUCCUCUGCCCUCGCCAGCGCCGGUCCCCGCGGCGGGAGGGGACGGGCGGGGAGGGGAGGGGAGGGGGCGCCUCUCCCCGCACCUGGCGGCGGUGACGUCACCCCGCCGCCCCCCGCCCGCCCGCGCGCUGACCCCGGCCGCGCUCCCCGCACCUUCCCCGCCGGCCGAUCCCGCCGCCGCGCCGGCCGCGGGCACACGGGGCGGCCGGGAGCGGGAGGAGGAGAGGCAAGCGCCGCGCUCCGGCACAAGUGCGGCCCCCUUCUCUCCACCGCCUCGCAACACGCCCCCCUCGUGCUCCUGCCCGCGGGGGCGGCGGGGGCGGCGGGGACACGGAGGAAAGCGGCUCCGCGGCGUGCUUUCCCCCUUCCCUCCAUCACAGCCUCCCGCCGCCGCCCCCCGCGCGGGCGCGGACAAAGGGGAGGGGAGCAACACCUGGCGAGCGCCGGUCCCUUUGUGGGGUAGCCGCGUCCCGCAGCCCCGCCGGCGAUGGGGAGCGGGGGCCGGUCCCUCCCGCCCGCCCUAG